AUGGAAGUGGAUGAUGACGAAAGUUUUGAAGAUGGUGAUUGGUAUAAUCAUCUAUUGGUCUUCCAGCCAUCAGGUGUUUUAUAUGAAAUAUUUAAACACUUAGACUGGAUGGACCUUUGUUCAUUAGCCCAGACGUGUACAAAGUUCAGAGACCUCAUUUCAAAAGCCACAAUAUGGAUGCAGAUGAAGACAUUAGAUUUAACAGACUGCCCUCUCCCUAUGGCAGAAAGAUUACUGGAUAUUAUAAAACGUUGUCCAAAUGCAGAGUGUAUCAAAGUUGGAGAGUUAAUUUUAGAACAUUCCACAUUUGACAUUUUCCUCGGAUCACUUUUUGAUGGCUGCCCAUAUUUAAAAAAGUUGCUCAUCAAUACAUCCUCCAUAAACAAUGAGAGUAUUGAAGUAUUGCACAAAAAGGGAGAUAAUUUGGAAUUCUUGUCUGUAAAUCUGUUUGAAGAGUUUCUUGACAGUCAGCACCUUACACAAGUGAUAGCCCUAGAAAGCCUGAGAGAACUUCAUUUUCAACAAUGCAGAUCAAACAUAUUUGUUCCAAGAGUUGAAGAAAACUCAACAUAUAACAUUAAAAAGCUCAUUCUAAAUGAUUCACUGCUUCUAGAAGAGAAUGUCAGGGAAAUUUUACGUUCCUGUAUACAUUUAGAACACUUAGAUCUACAAAACUCCAUUAGAGUAUUUCCCUCAAGUAAUUUACCUGUAAGAAAUGGAUUGAACAAACUAAAGGUUUUGAAUUUAGGGCAAAAUGGUUUGCAAAGACUUGAAAUAGAAUACCCUUUUCCAUGCCUUGAGUCUUUAAAUGUUGAUAUGUGCCAAAUUUUAGAGUCUGUGAAAGUGGCAGCACCUCUGUUACAUCAAUUUUCAUGCAAUUCCUGUGAUGUCUUAGAAAGCCUAGAGUUAUCCCCCUGCAGUAUCAGUUCUAUACACCUCACUCUAGAGUCACUUCAUUCUAUGCAAAUCAACAGCGUUUCUCUACAGGAAGUAGAAAUCUCUUGUAACAAAAGGUUGACUUGUGAGUCCUUCUUGGCAGCUAUUCCACACAAGGAUCUGAUACAGAUACUUACUUUGAAUCACUGUGAAGGAAUAUCAGCACCAGAUCUCAGUGAAAUUCUAAAUAAACUCCCUAAUGUGAGGGAACUAGGGGUGGAAGUUGGUGAACCAAAAGUUCAGUGGAACCAGGCAGAAAUCAGAUCUGAAAAACUCCGAACUCUUCGCUUUGGUGGUUGCCUUAUUCUGUCUAGUCUCCCAGUGAAUGGCCCCUCCUUGCUGUCCCUACAUCUUCAUGACUGCAGAGAUUUUGAGGAGGCAGAGCUUUUUGAUGGAUUAAUGUUUGGAAAAAGAAUACAGAGAGUGAGAGGAAUGGAAUGCCAUUGGAAUCAGGGAGUGGAUCAAGCUUUUUUUAAAAACCACAGUGGUGUGGAGAAUUUACAGGAGCUGUAUCUAACCGACAUGAAGGGCAUCAAAGGAACGGUGCUCUCAUCAGUUGUCAACAACUUUCACUUCCUGACAAAACUCGUCCUUAAACGGUGCAAUUUUCUCUCCCAACUGUCCAUCACAAAUAGUACCAGUUUAGAAGUCCUUUGUAUAGAAAGCUGUCCAAAAUUUACCUCUCUAGAGAUCAGUGAUUCCAAAAAACUUCAUAUUCUUCAUGUAAAAUAUUGCAGUAUGAUGCAACAGUGUAUUGUGAUAUCCAGUCAGCUGACUGAUGCUGAUUUCACUGGGACCAAUUUCUCCCACUUUAAGUUGUCCUCAUCCGAACUGACAGAUGUACAGUUACAGGGGGUGUGUACAAGAGAGGAGAACACAUUAAAUCUGAGUUGUCCAAUCCUGAGGUCUCUGAACAUUCAGAAGUGUGACAUGCUGUCAGACGAUACACUGGUUGAUGUUUUCAGUUGUUGUCCACAGCUUACGUCACUUACAAUUCUAGGAAGUCAUCAACUUAGGAAUAUACAAGUACCUGAAACUCUAGAGGUUCUGAGCAUGACCGGACUAAGGAGGUUACAAAAUGUCCAAGUUACAAGCCCAACCAGAAUACACCACCUUACAUUAAACAAUCUACCAAAGUUUACACCAGCUUUAAGAAUGAAGCUUUUAAAAGCAUGUGAAGAAUCGUUAGAAAUUCUGGAGGUGAGGGCUAUCCCAGGGGAGAUAAAUCUAUCUGUAACACUGUCCCAGUUAAGAUCGUUAACACUGGACCAAGGCAUCCAUCUCUCCACUCUGUGUAUAAAGUGCCCAAAGCUCUCUGUUCUCAGAGUACAAGGCUGCCCUAAGUUGUCUCAUCUUGAGAUAGAAAUAGAAAAGUUGUCGCAGAUUCAGAUUCACCACAGCGCAAGGCUUCAGGCUCUCCAUCAUAUGUCAAUAAAAAUACCGACCAUCAGGCGUUUAUCAACUGUACUAGCUCAUUAUACCCCAAAUUUACAUUCAUUGACAAUUGAGGGAAGCAAGACAUCUAAAGAGGAAAUUGUGAAACUGGGCAGAUUUUUAUGCUGCUUAGAAAAACUGAUUUUAAAGAAUUGUGUAGAAGAGAAUUUUUGUGGAGAAAGAUUUAAUCCGUUAUUUCUUGGACGAAGGAAUAAUAUUCCACUGAAGGUGUUAAGGACUUGAAAGAAUGAACUGUUUUUAUGUUCUGUGAUAUGAAAGCCAUCAAACUGGAUAAUUUGAUAUACACAUACAGAAAACAAUCAUUCAUCUGGGAAAGCAGAGUUUGAUUUUGUAUUGGUAUUGCAUUCAAAGGAAAUGCUGAUACCGCAGUUAUUAAUGCACACAUAAGCAGACUGUUGUUUCAUUUUAUACAACUCUCUCCAGAUGACGAGAAAGUUAACACCAUCAAGGAUCAAGAAAUAAUCAUAACAUUUUAGAAAAUAUGCAAUAUGAUUUUUUAAAAAGAUUUUAUAAAGACACAACGACAGUAGCUGUUAUAAGAAGACUAUUGAAAAAAUAUUUUUUUUCCCUGUUACGUUUAUCUCAUAAAGAGAAACAAGCAAAUCUCUUGUUAAUUUGUUAAUAAAAAGAUUUACUAAAAACCGAAA